UUCAUUGUCUACUGUAUUGGGUGUAUCAUCAGCACUAAAGAAUGGGGGGAAGAUAAUUCACUAGUGUAUACCAAAGGCUGUUUUCUUAGUAUCGCUAACUGGAUCUUUUUGAUCAUUUCCUACGUCGUCUGCUUGAUUCUAGUCCGUAAGAGAACUCAAAGACGAUGCUAUGGCGACCGAAGCAAUCGUCGAGAACAUGGCCGGUCGGGCAUCUUGGCAAUGACUACGGGUGUAUCGGUUGAUUCGGAGUUGACUGAUAUCAAGAACAAGGGUCUCAGGUAUGGCAUGUGA